UUGUGUUGGAAUUAGUUUGAAUUGUAUCUGCAAAUUUUUUGUUGCUUUGCAGGUUAAGAUCUGCGGUGAUCCAGAAAAUUUGGAUACUGUUUGGUUUUAAUUAGCAUGCAAAUUAGGCGUACGUUUUGUUGUUUCCUGAUUUGGAUCCUAGUGAUAAGAAGUGAAAGUUCUGAAUGCCCGAGCUGUAAUAUGGGCUAUUUGAACUCUGUUUUGCAAUCUUCGAAUCAGGUUCACGCUGAAUACCGAUCGGUCAGCGGCGGAGGCCUUAGCCAGAAUGAAAAGUUCAGCUACGGCUACGCAAGCUCUCCUGGAAAGAGGUCUUCAAUGGAAGAUUUUUAUGAAACAAGAAUUGAUGGUGUUGAUGGAGAGAUAGUUGGUCUUUUUGGAGUUUUUGAUGGUCAUGGAGGUGCUCGGGCAGCUGAAUAUGUCAAGCAUAACCUUUUCAGUAAUUUGAUCAGGCAUCCAAAGUUCAUAUCUGACACCAAAUCUGCUAUAGCUGAUGCAUACAACCAUACAGACUCUGAAUUUUUAAAAUCAGAAAAUAACCAAAAUAGGGAUGCUGGAUCUACUGCUUCUACUGCUGUACUUGUUGGUGAUCGAUUGCUAGUUGCAAAUGUUGGGGAUUCUCGAGCUGUUAUCUGCAGAGGCGGCAAAGCUUAUGCCGUGUCUCGUGAUCACAAGCCAGAUCAAAGUGAUGAACGACAAAGGAUUGAGGAUGCAGGAGGAUUUGUCAUGUGGGCUGGAACUUGGAGAGUGGGAGGUGUUCUUGCUGUCUCUCGUGCAUUUGGUGACAGGUUAUUGAAGCAGUAUGUUGUUGCUGAUCCAGAAAUCCAGGAGGAAAAAGUUGACAGCUCGCUUGAGUUCCUUAUUCUUGCAAGUGAUGGACUGUGGGAUGUUGUUUCAAACGAGGAGGCUGUGGCAAUGGUAAAGCCAAUAGAGGAUCCCGAGCAUGCAGCGAAACGGCUGAUGCAGGAGGCAUGUGAGAGAGGUAGCGCAGAUAAUAUCACUUGUGUUGUCGUCCGUUUCUUGGCUAAUCAACUGGCCAAUCAAAGUGGCUCCUCUUGUAGUGAUUCUGCUUAACACAUCCCUUCCUAGCAUGGUUUUAAGUUUCGGUUAUGUUGCUAACAAAAAAAAUUGAGUCGAAAUAAACUUGAAUAGUAAUAGUUGGUCAUAGAAAAGAAAAAUCUUUGUAUCACGCACAUAGAAGGGGUUUCCAGUUGUGAAUUUAUGUAAAGAAUGUCAAGACUCAAGUCCUUUUAUGUUGUAGUCAAAUUUGUUUCUCUUGUAGUU